AUGGAACUUCUUAAAAAACAUGAUCCUAAUGCCUCCUUUUCAAGUCUAAAUAUGGAAAAGAUAGAAAAUAUGAGUACAUCAAAUGAAAUAGAAGAUGAACCAAUAAUUGUUCUUGGGGAAGAAUUUGAUCAAUAUGCUAUGAUUUUUGAUCGAUACAAGGAUUCAGAAAUAUUUGGUGAAACAGGGUUACUUUCAAAAUAUUAUAUGUACGGUCAAAAAAGGAUGGAUACAUUAAUGGAAUCUGAACAUUAUCAAGACUCCCCAGAAAUCGAGCAGUGGGAUUUAGAAUGUAAAACAUGGGAUCUUAUCCAAAGAUUAUAUUCUCAUCGUGUACAAAAAUCACACGAAUUACCAAAUAUUCAUGAAUAUUCAUCAAAUGUAAUUUUAGAAGAAGCAUUUUAUAUUCAAACUCCAGAAGCUAUGGAGAAUACGAUUAUACUAAAUUGGUUAAAAGAUAUCUUUCCAGAACCUCCACUAUUAGAAAUAUCAGGGAAAAAAUGGUUAUAUACAAGAGAAAGCAUAAGAAUGAAAAGACUACAAAGAAAAACACUUAAAGAAGAUCAAUUAAUUGAUGAAUUAGAUCCUGAUGCACCAACGAGACAACGAAAACUUUUAGAUGAUAAAGAUUUUGAAUUUGAAAGAAAAUUUUUACGCAAUUUAUUUUUACUUAUAAGAUCAGGAGAUUUUGAUAAAGCAUGUGAUAUCUGUAAAGAAACCGGUAAUUUUUUGAGGUCUGCAAUUCUUCAAGGAUGUAUUGAGUAUAGAGAUCCUUUAAUUGAUAAUGAUAAUUCAGAAUUGGGUGUCAUGGGAACCAAAAGAAAGCAACUUUGGAAAAAAAUGUGUUAUGAAUUGUCUAAGCAAACGGAACUAGAUCCUUACGAAAGAGCUUUAUAUGGUGCUUUAUGUGGCGAUCUUCAGUCGGUACUUGAAGUUUGUGAAACAUGGGAAGACUAUUUAUGGGCAUAUUGUAAUUCUAUUUGUGAAUAUCAGAUAACUAUGAAUCUUAAACAACUUGGAAAAAUUAAACCAUCUCAAGUCGUAAUUAUUCCAAAUGUUGAUUCCAUUUCUCUACCUUCUAUUUUGGAAAAUUUAAUUCAUAGUGAUAAUGAGCUUAUAAGAAACGAUGCAAAUGAACCAAUGAGAAUUAUUCAAUCGAAUAUUAUAACAUCGAAAGUUGAUGAAUUAAUUUUAAAUUUGAAUACGCAGUUACAGGAUAUUAAAAAUGGGACAAGUUCUAUAGAUAUAACGUCAGUUCCUUCUUUUUUAAGAUUUGUUGUUCAUUUUAUUUUAUUAUUAAGACAUACAAAUAUAUCAAUUGAUCAAAAUAAUUGCAACAGUUUAAUACAAGCAUAUAUAGAGUUGUUGGCUGCAGGUGGUAAGCAAGACAUUGUUCCAUUGUAUGUGGCUCAACUUCCUCAUGAUAUGUCUAUAGAAAUUUAUGCAAAGUUUUUAAGUAAUAUUAACGAUGAUCAACAACGUAUAGAUCAGUUGCAUUUAGCUGCUAAAUAUAAACUUGAUAUAUUAAAUUCAUUAAGAAGAACUGUCGAUAUUGUUUAUUCUACAGCAUUGAUUAAUGAUGAUAUUUUUAAUUCUUUUACCUUGGAAUUAGUACCCAUCACUAGUACACCAUCUGAAUGGGACUUGCAUCAGAUAAGAGCUUUAGAGUGGAUGAAGUCUUCAGAUGAUUUGAAAUAUGAUAUUAUUUACAAAAGCAAUAUUCUUUACAGACGUUUUCUCUUAAGAGGAAAACUAAAUGCUGCACAAACCCUUAAUUUAAGGUUGUCUUCGUCAGUAUUAAUAACUAAAGAUAUGGUAGAAAGCGAAGAUAGCCCUGAACAAGAUAAAAAAUUUAGACAUGCAACAGAGUAUUUAGGUUAUUCUUCUUUAUGUAUUGGGUAUAUGAGAUAUGAAAACUGGAAAAAUAUUAUGUCAAACGGCUUAAAUGAUAUUAAAAAUAAAAUAGACUCUACUGAAAAAAGACAGUGGAAAUUAGAUGUCCAAAGAGCAGUGGAAGAAUGCGUUACAACCUUCUACGAGCUUAUCCAAGGAAAUUGGCUGCACCCAAGCACAUUCUUUGUAUCCGAGUCUGAAGAUCCAAUUAUAUACAACGAACUAGUGAAAAUAAGAAAUAUUUAUAUACCCGAGCUUGUUUGUCUUCUGCAUAAAGUUUACUACGAUACUCAUACGCUUUUUCCAAGAAAUUUGCACGCCUGCAUGGAAUUGUCCUGCAUUGUGGCCGAUGAUGAAAAAAAGAUAUACGAGGCAUUCCUGCUGACCCACCGCAUGCCCCAGUACCUUAAGCUGCUGCGCCAGGCUUCAAUAGCCAUGCUUGGCUCCCAUCACUCCCAAUCCGCCGACUCAUUGUGGAACAUAUAGCCUGUAUUCUACAUUAUACAUAUUAUACACUUAUACAUACUAUACACUUAUAUAUAUUAUAUAUUAUACACUUGUAUGUAUUAUACAUAUUAUACAUAUUAUAUAUACUAUAUAUAUUA